CGCCCCCCCUCCCCCAUCCCUCCUCUCGCCCCGAGCGACAGCCAAAACUCGCAAUUUCGCGCGCAUGCGACUGCUGCAGUAGUUUUGUUGUCGUCGACGGAGUUCGAGACUCGUUUGGGCUAUGGAGGCGAACGCUCAGGUUCAAGCCUACUGCGGUAGGAUCCUCCGGCGAAUAUACGCCCCGAUGGACAAGGCCGAGAGCUCUUUGCUCAAGAUGAGGAACUUUUCAACGCUCGCCGAGCAGCUGCUUUUCCUCAUGCUCGCCGACAAGCUGCUACUGACGCCGAGGCAGAGGACCACUUGCCUCUACAGUCUUAUGUUUUACAACGUCCUAGCCUACUGCAUCGGCUACAUCAGGGAACUCCUUACCAAGGAGGACUGGGUGCCUUACGUUACCGUCACCGAGACCUCCAGGAUCAAGCAUCUGGCCAUGUCGGCUACCAAAAUCGUCCUCGAGUGGACCAAAGCUGUUACUUUCGCAGUCACCGUUGUCUUCACCCUCAUCGUUUUCGGACUCGAACAGGGAUUGCAGAAUUACAAGCCAACACUGGCUUACACGGUGACUACUUGGCUGUACUACAUGGCCACGGAGAAAGUGUUCGUCGACAUGUUUCCAGCCUUACUGAGCUUUCUCGAAUUCGAAGCUCUCGAGAGUCUCGAGUUACUUUACGCACCAGUGAUCCUUCGUUUAUUUACGAUUUCCACAUCAACGUUGUUCGUCGUUUUGUUAAUCCCUCGGGCUCCCUGGCGUUUCCUCUUCGUUGCCACCUACCUGAACAUCUACCUGCGAACGAAGGAGCUUGUGCAAACAUACUGGGCUGCUUUGUAUAAGGAAGUUGGAGUGCUGAGAAGAUACAGGAGAGCAAGCUCCGAUGAGAUCAAGAAAUUUGAUGACGUUUGCGCGGUUUGCUUGUCACCAAUGACUCUUGCAAGGGUUACACCGUGCCAGCAUCUCUUUCACGCGAGUUGCCUGAGGCAAUGUCUCAAGACCAGCGAUGCUUGCCCUAUUUGCAAAAGAGAGCUCGCCUUCACUUGA